AUGUCUCUGCCAGUCCAUCAACGCGCGGUAGUCUUCAACACAGGAACCAACUUGCUCUCCUUCUCAUCGUCAUACCCAAUGCCCAUGAAUAAAAAUGAACUCCUCAUCUCUGUCCACAGCACCGCAAUCACGAAUGGCGAGUUGACUUGGGGUCCAUUUGUAAACUGGCCUCAAGAACACAUUCCCUGCUACGACGUCAGCGGGACCAUCAUUGCUAUACCCCAAGGCUGCCAGAAAAAAGGCUUCAAGAGUGGGGAUGAAGUUUAUGGCCGUGUCAUGGCGAAGCGUGAAGGCACAGCGAGGGAGUACGCCACUAUACUGCCAUCAGAAGCUGCUCUGAUUCCAAAAGGGCUUGAAACUUUGGAGGCAGCAAGCGUGCCUAUGAGCGCUCAUACAGCGUGGCAAGCUUUGUUUGAGCAUGGCAGAUUGACAGGCUCAUUUGCGCCAACAUCGUUGCCUCGAGUGAAUGACGAUGGAGGAGCAGUACUUGGUCAAGCGUCGGGGAAGCGGGUUUUAAUCUUAGGCGCAUCAGGCGGUGUUGGACUACUGGCUGUGCAAUUCGCCAAGUUAGCAGGAGCACAUGUUACAGGCACAGCAAGCGCGAAGAAUGAAGAGUAUUUACAAGAGCUGGGCAUCGAUGAAGUCAUAGAUUAUACUCAGGUGUCGGUCCACAAGUACAUUGCUUCUGGCAGCAGCAAGUUCGACUUGGUGUUCGACUGCGUAGGCGGCAAGUCCAUGCUGGACGGCUGGUGUGGCGUCGCUGAAGGUGGGACCUACAUUUCAGUUGUGCCAGGAUUCAAAGAGCCUGAGGGUGGUAAGCCUGUUGGAGUCAAAAGCAAGUGGUUCGUUAUGGAAGCCAGAGGCGAUGAAUUGGCGCAAAUUGGCAGAUUUUUCGAGCAAGGCUUACUGAAAGCGACUGUGGACUCUGUGUGGGAACUGGAAGAUUAUGAAGGAGCUUUUGGCAAGACAGCGAGUGGCCAUGCAAGAGGGAAGGUGGUGUUUAAGGUUGCAAAAGGGUGA